GUCUUAAAAGAAAGAAACACAAAAAAGAAUGGGGAAUUGUUUAAGGCAUGAAUCAGAAAUGCACUGGGCUGGUGAAGACUGGGAUGAGUUCAUCGAAGACAGCUCUAAAAGUACCUCGAGAGUCGAGGCUCAUGACAAAGUGAUUGUUACACGAGACUGUAAAUCAUCCUCUGAUCAUGAGAUGAUCAAGAUCAGGCUCACCAAGAAUCAACUUCAAGAUUUACUGAAUAAAGUCAACGUCCAUGACUUAACCUUUCAUCAACAGCCCUUCUCUUCGUGUCCUAGCCUGAUCGAUCGUGGUGGUUACGAAGAAGGCAAUCAACAAGGGUUAUGGAGACCAGUUCUGCAGAGCAUACCAGAAGCUAUUUAACUAAGAUGUUUCAGAUGUUGUAUAUUCUUAGGGCUUUCUUCACUUUCUUGAUGUGAGGGUUCUGUGUUGUUAGGGUUUAGGACUUUUUUGAUGUCAAGUUUGGUUGUUGUUUGUUUGUUAGAUUGUAAAUAUAAACAUAAUCCAGAAUCAGAAGCUUGUUAACACCAGGAAUACUUUCUA